AUUUCSUAAAUCAGCYAGCUUCUUCAAGAAAUGGAGAGUUUGUUUAAUGAGUUUUUUUAUACAUUUUAGUCCAUGAAACGACCGUCAAAUCAGCUAAUAUUCUGCCAGGGACUACACCAACAAUCCAUAAUAACAUUGGUGUAUUUAYUYCAUCCACAAAAGCAAUUUUGAGCAUUUAAAACGAAGUUGUUGGGGUGAAGUYCGCUCGUCGUAUGGUAGGAAGGGUUCGUGAUGUCUUCGUUCUUCAAACAACUCUUUCCUUUUAUGAAAGUGAAGAAGAAGAAGGAAUUCUCGUACAUUAUCAAAGGAGUUGAUCCUAACACAGUGUGGGAUCUUGUUGGCGAGUUGGGAGAUGGCAGCUUUGGCAAAGUUUACAAGGCACAACAUAAAACAGAAGACAUUUUAGCAGCUGCCAAGAUUAUUACAGUGAAUGAUGAAACUGACUUGGAAGAUUUUAUGGUCGAAAUAGAUAUUUUAAGUGAAAUUAAACACAAAAACAUUGUAGGACUACAUGAAACUUAUUACCACAAUGGCAAAUUAUGGAUGAUGCUAGAAUUUUGUCCGGGCGGUGCAUUAGACGAUCUGAUGCUUGAAAUAGAAAGAGGGUUAAAUGAAAAAGAAAUCAAAGAAGUCUGUCGGCAACUUUUUGAGGGUUUAAAUAUACUUCAUUCGAAUAAAGUGAUUCAUAGAGAUCUCAAAGCUGGUAACCUCCUGCUCUCUAAUGAUGGUCAAGUUAAACUAGCUGAUUUUGGUGUCUCAGCCAAAAAUAAGAAAACUCUUCAAAGAAGAACAACAUUUAUUGGAACACCAUAUUGCCCCGAAGAAAAAACUGUCUCGGAUGAAACUCCCGAAGAAAAAACCUCAGAGGAAAGCCCUGAAAAGAAUGCUGCCUCAGAGGAAACCCCUGAAAAGGAGGUUGCCUCAGAGGAAACCCCCGAAGAAAAAACUGUCUCGGAUGAAACUCCCGAAGAAAAAACCUCAGAGGAAAGCCCUGAAAAGAAUGCUGCCUCAGAGGAAACCCCUAAAGAAAAAAUCAUUUCAGAGGAAACCCCUGGAGAGAAGGGAGAAGAAGAGAGUAAAGAAAAAGUGGAAGAGAAAGAAGAAACGAAAGAAACAGAUGAGAAAGAGCAGGAAGAUUUGAUAGAAACGAAGGAGAAGAGUGAUGAUAACGASAAGACUGAGACACAGGAAGAUGGUCCUGGUGGCCCUCCAUCGGCCAUGAAAGAGUUUGAGAUCUACUGCGACGAYGWAGAUGUCACCAAAAAGAUUGAAGAAGACCAGAAGAAGAAAGAAGAAUCGAUCACCGAUSGGAAGGCUCUCAGYAAUGGAGAACUGUUGGCMAAYGAACUGAAAAAGGAAGCUGCUAAUAUGCCRCAACAAAAUGCAAAGGACCAAACGGGAGAGAAACAUUUUAAAACCCUUAAACGUACAAGAAAGUUUGCCACWCAAGAUGGGAAAAUAGUGACGGAAACAACGUCACGCGUGGUGGAUGUGAGUGGCGAAGACUUUAAGAAUGCACUUAUGAAAGAACAGCAACAGAGAAAAAUGAAUCUGCGAGACCUGAAAGUUCUGCAGCGACAGGAGCAAAAGCAAGGAAUGGAGCUAAUGUCAAAGAUACGACGUCAGUGGGAAGCUCARGARCAACGAUUYGARCAAGAAAUGCUGGAUCUUGACAAAAAAGUCGAAGCUGAGCUUGAUGCCUUGAGUAGAAAUCAGAAAAAAGAAAUCGAGAAGUUAGAGUUGACUCAAAACGCAGAUCUGAGAGCCUCGUCGAGAAAGAUGAAGCAAGACCAGGAAAAAGAAUUACGUAGAUUUAAGGAUAGUCUCAAAGAAGAGAGCAAAAAGAGCAAAAAAGAUGUGGACAAGCUUCCUCGACCACAACGUAAGGAAACGUGGAAGAAAAAGAAAGACGAAUUGAGCGUGUCACAUCAACAAGCUGAACACGAGUUUCUUGCCAUGCAGCAAACAGAGUUUGAGAAAUUCUACAAACAAAUGAUUGACUUGCACAGACAGAAAAUGUUUGAAAUGGAAAUGCAGUUUUUGGAGUCAAAACACGAACGAAAAAGAGCYCACGAGUCGGAAAAAUGGGAAAUGGAAUUCCGACAUCUUAAUGAACGACAUACCCUGGCGAAAACACAAUUGAAAGAAACGUUCUUUCUACAGAGAUCCCAGAUGUUAAACAGGCACCAAAAGGAAGUCGAACAACAUCAACAUUUAACUAAACUACAAGACGACGAAAUGAAACGACGUCACGAGAUCGAACGGAAACGACUUCCSAAGAUACAACGAAACGARAUCAAGACGAAAUCACAGCAGCAUCGAAAGACAUUACGAGAAAAGAAAAUUUCGCUUGACGAGGAAAGAGAACAACUAAAAGAGUUCGAGGAUUUGGAAAGGAAGCGAGCGCGUUCAGAGUACGAGAAGAUGUUACUACGACAAGACCUAGAAAGCGAGGAGCUUCAAACCUCAUCUAAUAGUGCACUCCAGGAAUUACAGCAGUUACAGAACGAAAAGAGACAUAUGUUGAUGGAGAGCGAGACUUUGAAGCUGAAAGAGAGAGACGAUAAACAUAAUGGACAAAUGAUGUCUUGGAAGGCCGAGCUCGGUCCCAGGAAAAAGACUCUCGAGGAAGAAUUUGCCAAGGAGAAAAGAGAACAACAACUUUUUUACGCUCGCGGUGGCGACGCCGUACCCGACACACCACCGAACGACCUCCGAGUACCAAACGACARCACGAGUCGAGAUUCUUAUGAUGGAUCCGGAGGAAGCCAGACAGGCAGCCAACGAACUCCUGAUGAUAACAGUUCAGGCCGAUCUUCCACUGGAUCAAUGGAAAUUUAAAUUGGUCAGAUCAUGGCGAUGAUGUCAUUCUUCUUCCUCACUCUCCUCUCCCCCUCAGAAUCGAUUUUGCAAUGACGAAAAUUAAGCAAAUUAGAAUCACUGAAUCAGAUGACUGCUCUUAAGAACAUAAAUGAGGAUUCGACACAACUGUUCUGAUGUUGCGAUGCAAAUUAAAUGAUGUGAYGUGUUAAGUCACGUGACUUAAAAUCCAUUUAAAAAUAGUCGCAUUCGUUAGACGCUUGAUAAAACAUUCGCGAAAAAUGUUUUUAAUUAUUCAUUAAGAUCUUCGAGAUAAGUYGGUUUCGAUUUAUGACUCGUAUGCGAUGAUAGUCGAAUUCUGGGACAGUAUCGGGUUCGAUAAAAAUUGACUCGCGACAAGAGUCGUACAAAAUAUUUCCAUUGAUAUAUAUAGUUAAAAGCACCGGAAAAGGCCGAGCCCGAGUGAUUGCAUUUGGCAAAGUAAGGUAGACGCCUCAAAGGACCGAUUGUAGAAUAGCGGGAUCGGUCUUUUAGGUUUAAAUUAAUUCAAAUAUUUUUAAUUGUUACAUUAAAAUCACAAGAUGUAGAAAUUUUCGACAAACAGCAAGACAAAUUAUAAGUAAUUUUCCAGUAUGGCACAAUGCCGAAGGUAUACAUUCAAAAUUACAAUUAAAAUCGUUUAUACAAGGCACGAAAAUGA